AUGAGCGGACAGUUUGCACAACGACAUGCGCGGGAUGCCGAUGCCGAAAGCUCUGUCCUAGAUGGCCACUAUGUUGGUUUCAACGAGGAUCCCUGGGAGCCGCGCCCGCCAUGCCAAUACCUACUGCGUGUGGUAUCAGCUUUGUUAGCCGGGGCCGCGUUCGUCGGGCUCUCCACAGCUGGCCUGCAGUCUCACGCCAGGUCUUUGGAAGUUUUCGAGCUGUCGGGGCAGCCACCUGUUGCUGUAACCUCCUGUGGAACUUUCGUUGGUCGAUGGGAGCGUGCGUCGUCCGACUGUGUCAUUGCUGCCUUUCGCGGCGUGCAGUUCGGAGCUGCCCCUCGAUGGCUACCGCCAGAAGAUAUUUGUUUCCAGCCUGCCACACACCGCUCUGCAAUGGUUGAUGGUCCUGCGUGUCUCGGUCGAGGGCUUUCUCAUGACGGCCAAGCAGAAGAGUGUCUGUUUUUGAACGUGUUCGUGCCAAGCUACUCGCGAGUCUCUGCCACCGUGGGCACAAGCAAGCUGCCCAUUUUCGUAUACAUUCACGGCGGUGGUCUAACUAGCGGGUCCGCUACGAGUGAUGGCCACGUAGAGAAGAUAGCCAGUUUGACAGGGGAGGUGCUUGUAGUUACUUGUCAGUAUAGGCUUGGAGUCUUGGGGUUCAUAGCACUGCAUGAGCUCUCUGAGCGAGAUCCACGCGGAACGAGUGGGAACUACGGCUUCUUGGAUCAGCAACUAUGCUUGAGAUGGGUGCAACGUCAUGGAAGCGCCUUCGGAGGUGACACUUCUCGAGUAACGCUUCUAGGGCAAUCAGCAGGGGGCACUUCUAUAUUGGCACACUUGGUUGCCAGCGGAAAGGCUGGGCUUUUUCACAGUGCAGUUGCAUUGUCAGCAAGUCCAGGUGCACCAAGAAUGGGCCAGGCCGAAAAAGAAAAGCAGGAUAGGAAGGCAUGGCUUCCUCAAACCGGUUGCGCCAGUGCAGAAAGUGUGUUGACGUGUUUGUUGUCGCAGACGGCUGAUCAUCUAGCCAGUUCCCUGCCAAAUAGCUACGGGCUCUUUGGCCCCAGUGAUUACCCAAUCCAGCCAGGCCCCCGCGGUCGCAUUCCUUGGACAAGCUUGUGUCACGUAGACGGUGUUACGAUCACAGCUCCGGUUGAUGCUGUGUCUUCGGACCGUGUUGACGUGCCCCUCCUUAUCGAAUCGAUGGGUGCUGAAAUGGCGGCGAACACAACAGCGUUGCCUCACCUACAGAGCGCUGCAUCUUGGAAGCGUUUUCUGAAUGAUACCUUCAGCGAUGGCUUCGGCAGUAGUUUUCCGUCGAAGCUGGAGCACCUCUACAGUAGUCACUCGUCGGCCGAGCUAAGAGCAUACGAGAUCGACAGUGAUACUGGAAACUUCUGCGGUCUGUUGCGUAUCGCUCAAGCGGCUGCUUCUAGCUCCUCGUCUCUGAUGUACAUUGGCGUUGUCGAGGCGGGCCCAAGUCGUCCAUUGUUCUGGUGCGAUUGCUCGAAACAAGUGCGCUAUCCGUUUCAUGGUUGGGACUUGGCCGCAGCAACAGAGGUUUGGGAUCGGUUAUGGUGUACUUGUCCUGACUACAAAUACAAGCCAUCAGGCUCGGACUUGCAAUUUGCUCGCCAGCAGCGCAACAGAUGGCUAGCAUUAGCAAAGUUUGGGCGUCUUGAUCCCAAGGAAGGUUGGACACCGCUCAUACAAGAGUAUGGCUUUGCUGCGAUUCUACAUGACGGAGUCAUCAUGAAUGAUCUUCCAGAUAAGAGGUGUGCUUUCUGGGAAGAUCAUAACGUGAGUACGAACUGGUAUUGGGUAAACUAA